AUGACUGUGUGUUGACAGGAGGAGCUGAGAGCCGAGGAGGCAGCAGGUGAAUAAUUUACAGCUCCUUCUUUUCCUCUUCCCACCUGUUCUCCAAACAGACCGAGAGACAGCGUGCUGGGACAGUUCCUCUUUAUUCUAAAGGUUUAAAAGUCAGAACCAGAACUUCAGCUCAGUGUGGACCAGAACACAAAGCACGCCGCCGGAGCCCGGACUUAGCAGGUCAGCUGUCGUGAGAGGAGGAACCCCAGAGUCAGCAUCAUGUUGUCGGGAGAGGAGAUUCUGUGCAACACGCAGCAGGUGAUCGCAGGCCUGGAGGCGCUGAGAGGAGAGAACCGCAGCCUGCUGGAGAGUCUGCAGGAACACACGGAGAGCCGGACGGCGUCGGAGAGCGGCAGCGUGGAGCAGGAGAAGACGGGCAUCAUCCGGGAGUCACUGGAGAGGAUAGAGCUGGGACUGAGCGAGGCGCAGGUGAUGAUGGCGUUAUCGGCUCACCUGGGCUCUCUGGAGGCGGAGAAACAGAAGCUGCGUACACAGGUGCGUCGUUUGUGUCAGGAGAACCAGUGGCUGAGGGACGAGCUGGCGGGCGCUCAGCAGCGGCUACAGGACAGGGAGCAGGACGUGGUCACCUUAGAGGAGCAGAACAAACAUCUGCAGUUCAUGUCCUCCAUACGCAAAUACGACCAGGAGGAGCCGCAGCUGGAAGAUAAAGACACAACCUCCAACAAAGAGUCUCUGGAUGAUCUCUUCCCCACAGAGGACGAGGAGCAGUCACAGAUGUCUCAGCCUCAUCACAGCAGCGCAGCAGCAGCAGCUCAGCAGGGCGGCUACGAGAUCCCCGCCCGCCUUCGAACACUCCACAACCUGGUCAUCCAGUACGCCUCCCAGGGCCGGUACGAGGUCGCUGUCCCGCUCUGCAAACAGGCUUUGGAGGACCUGGAAAAGUCUUCAGGACACACACACCCAGAUGUAGCCACCAUGCUGAACAUCCUGGCGCUGGUGUACAGAGACCAGAACAAAUACAAAGAAGCAGCCAACCUGCUGAACGACGCGUUGGCGAUCAGGGAGAAAACCCUCGGUAUGGACCAUCCAGCUGUGGCAGCGACACUAAACAACCUUGCGGUGCUUUAUGGCAAAAGAGGAAAAUACAAGGAGGCUGAGCCGCUGUGUAAACGAGCUCUGCAGAUCAGAGAGAAGGUUCUCGGUACGGAUCACCCGGACGUGGCGAAGCAGCUGAACAACCUGGCUCUGCUGUGUCAGAACCAGGGGAAGUACCAGGAGGUGGAGCAGUACUACGAGCGCGCUCUGCACAUCUACCAGAGCAAACUGGGACCGGACGACGCAAACGUGGCCAAGACCAAGAACAACCUGGCCUCGUGUUAUCUGAAGCAGGGGAAAUACAGACAAGCUGAAGCUCUUUAUAAAGAGAUCCUGACCAGAGCACACGAAAAGGAGUUUGGAUCUGUAGAAGGCGACGGUCGUCCCAGCUGGUCCGGAGCAGACGAUGGAAGUUCACAGGACGGACUCAGUAACCUGAAGCGCAGCGGCUCCUUCACCAAACUCAGAGAAUCGAUACGGAGGAGCAGCGAGAAGCUGGUACGCAAACUGAGAGGAGUCGGGAUGGAGGAAACGGCCCCGAGGAAUCCUGGGAUGAAGAGGGCGAACUCGUUGAAUGUGUUGAACGUUGGUGCCAGAGACAGCGCCAAGUCGAGUCAUUUGACGGACGUCCGCGGCCUGAGCUCCAGCACACAGAGCCUGACCCGGCGAGGCUCACUGGGUGGGACCAGCUAACACACACGGACACACACACCGAGUCUGCAGACGGCGUCCUUGAGGUAACUGGACGGAGGGUCACACGGUGCAUUCAGAGGUCCUACAGAAAAGACUGAGUCCCCCUCCGGUAAAAACUGAGACACAGAAUUUAUCACACCGGACACUUUGGUCAAAACUUUGAAAGUCGGCGCUCAUUUCAAAAAUUAAAUUAGGAUCAUGUUUGUAGAUUCUUCCCCCUUUAAAGACACGUGUCUCCAAACAGGGGUUACAAAAGGUCAUUUAUUAACAAAUCAGAGCUGCACUGUAUUUAUCUCUCUCUCUUAACUUGAAAUGUAAUCAUUCCUUCAUGUUUUUGUUCUUCAACAAAUCCAGAUCAUAAUAUUUUAUACACAAAUAUCUGUUUACACAUAUUCCUUUAAGACUUCCUGACAUAACGCCAGCAUUUACAUGUAAGAAGUUUUUACAGAGUUAUAUUUGUGUCCCUUUUUUAGAAACAAAGGUUUUAACAUGAAAGACAAAAGUACAGGAACCAUGAAUAUAUAUUUAUAAAGAUAUUUUAAUAAAGACAAACAGGUAUAUUUUGGCAUUUUGAUCUUUGAAACUGUUUGGAAGCUGUUAGCAGCUGAAGAUAAAGGUGUUUGCACUUUGAUUAAAACCUGAUAUUUAAAAUUUUAAUGUUUCAUUUUGUUUACCAUGAAAACGUUGAGUUAUAAAGUUUCGCCUGUUAAAGAUAUUUUAAUGUUAAAGUAUGUUUUGCCUUUUUAAAAUUGCAGGUCAAUCUAAUUUUAUUUUAUAUUGUCAAAGAAAGAAAAACUUCAUGUGAGUACUUCGGCUGUUUUGCACCUCGGUCCGGUCCUCCUGUUCCACGUUCAGAUUUUAAAGGACCAACUUUUAUUUAUGAAGCUUCAAAAUGUGACGAACGCACCGAGAACAAAACGAACGCACAAACCUGACUUCAGAGACGGACUGCUGAAAGGCUUUUGCACAUUAUCUCUUCAUGUUUUAACAAUCAAUCAAUAAAUGAUCUUCUUAGUACACAUGUUAAUAUGUAGCAUUACUGUAAUGUCUCUUCAGGCUCUCUUUAACCCUCAGUUCUCAUCUCGUGCCUGAGGUAAUGUGGUUUGACGACUCACUUGAAUUCAACAGAGCUGUUCCUUUAACUCGACGCCGCUCUGUGUGAAGUGUCUGACAAGAGGAGGACCAUGAAUAUCAUGGAUGUCCGAAACCUUAAACAAAAAGCAGCAUGACUUAAAGAGACGGGGAUUGUUCUAGGUGGCACGAAUUUUGGCGUGUUUAAGAAAUAUCUUCAGACAAGUCAUACAGAGUUACUGCCAAAAGCUAAACGCAGACACAACGCAACACACAUAACUGAUCAGUGAGAGCAGGAUUAAUGCGUUAUGAAUUAAGGAUGGGUCAUGAUUUUCAAAUGCUUGAAUAUUUGUUCACUUCCUACAAAAGUCAAAGAGUUAAUGUGAAUAUUAUCUCCUUUAAAUGGACAGUUUUUCAUUGUUUAUACCAUAUACAUGUUUAUUUACCUGCCCCUGGUUGUAAUACACUAUUCCCACCAUAUGGUGGCGAUAGAGCGUCUUAAAGCACUUUUCUAAUCGCAUCAAGUAACAGAAGAAGAAGAAUGUUGACUGUAGUAAACAGCAAAAAUAAAAAUAAAACAGUAGUGACAGUUGCUGGAAAUACAGAGAAUGCAGAGACUGAGCAUGGCUGUAAAAUGUAAACACACACGUCUCAGAAAUACUGGGGUAAAUGUUGAGACCGACACUGCCACCGCUCGCCACUAGGGGGGCUUGAUUACGAAUAAUCGCCGAAUAGAUGCCAGUGACAAUCGAAUAGUGUUUUGGCUUGAAAUGCCCGUCCCUAUCAUGAAACAUCAGGCUUAAAAAAAAAGGCAUCUUAAUGUUUAAAAGCUGCAAAAAGAACUGAAUUACAUUACAUUAACAAAAUGUUAUUUAUUAUGAGAAUAAUGACCCAUCCUGUAUCUUUCUCUUCAGCAUGCAUCUGAUGCAGGUUGAAGCACCGACAUGCAGCUGAACAGAAAGGAUCAGGCCUGUUAACACUGACAUUAUUAUUCAGAUCUGUGAAUCUCUAAUGUAAACAGGACCCAAUCAGAGAGUUAACACUAAGAUAAAGAGGUGGAGUCUGACCCUAACAGGAAGCACAAACCCAAACAGGGUCGGUUUAACUUUACAAGAAAACUCGUUCACAGAAAUGCCUCAAAUCCUCAAACUACUGCAAGUCACUAUUUGAAAACAUUACUUUGAAUGACCAAGACUUCUCUGUGCUCUUCCACUUUACUGUAGCAACAAUUACUUGAACUUGUCUCCAUCGCUGUGAGAAUAAAAACAUGCAGCGUGUUUUAAAGAGGUACUAAAGGUUGAUGCGCUCUCUGAUCAGAAUGUAACCGUUCAACCUUGAUGGAUUUCAUUCCCCUAAACUUCCACUGUUUCCUCUUUUAUCAUGCCAGAGAACUACUGAUUGUAUUAUUAUUAUUCUUACUGUGGUAGAACAUAUCAAUGCUGUUAAUGUAAGGGCUGAAGAAGCACGAUGUUAGAACUGUAGAGAGAAUGUUACAGACACAACACUAUAAGAGUGUAGGAACUGGACUUUGUAUUUCCUCUGAUGCUUUGUUUUUUCUUCUAAACAUGAAUGGUUGUAUUUUAUAUUUGAAAAUUUAAGCUGGAAUAAAUUACCAUCAGACAUUUCA